UCAUUUUAAUUUUAAAAUUCUGAAUAGAUUAAACGAAAGGCAUCCUAAUUUGCGUUAAAACUUGUACUCUAGGCACCUAUAGCCAGCAGGCAGACGCGUACCCAGAAUUGGCUGAGGGGAGAGGGGAUGCGCAGUCAUAGGUAUCAUAUAGAAAAAGCAUAGUAUUUGAAGGUUCAAGGUACAGGCCUGAGGAAUAUUAAGAGAAAUUUCCCCCUAAAUUUCGAGCACCAAAAAUUGAGCAAAAAAAAAAGGAGGAAAAAAACAACAACAAACGAACAAGGAAACCCGUUAAAAGGUAGGUACAAAAAAGAAAAACCGGGCAACAAAUCUAUCCGUUAAAGAGUAGCAUGAAAAAAAAAACUCAGUAAGCUACCGUCGGAUAUCGAGUUUUCCGUCCCGAAUUUGAUUCAAUUUUCCAUUGUAAAUGAAAUGAAAGUCUAUUUAAUGGGAAUAAUGUGACAAUUUACCGAAUAUCCCACGCGUUCAUUGGAGAGAUUAGGAGAGACAUGUCUCAAUUUAUAGAUGGCACUCAUAAAAGGUCUGAAUAAUCGAUUUACAAUCUACGUGCAAAUGGCUGAUGAAGGUGCGAAGAAUUUGCUAAGAUUAUAGACGUGCGAGCACGUAGAGUCGAUUUCAAGUGAUUACACCACCCUGAGUUUGUUCCCCUGUGGUGUCUGGGCCCCCUGUGGUGUUUCCGCCUAAGGAGCGUGGAACACAUGCUGUGUUUUUUAAAGGAAGGUAAAAUGGAUCCUACCUUCGACAUAUAUGCUCUAAAAAGCACUUCGUGAAAAACAAGGGGACGAAUACACCCCUUUUAAAUUCGCAGGAUAUUCUACACUCAUCUGUAUUGUUAAACACAUUCUCUCAAAGAAAUGAUAAUAUAAUCCUUAUCUGGUCCUCUAAUCGCUUUUCUUCGUUUAUUGUUGUGCCAAGUAUUAAAAUCGCAUCUUGGUUUUAUGUAAGAGGGUCAUAUUUAACGCUAGGUAUAAUACAAGACUUGUAAGCUAAUCUUAGGGAUUAAAAAAAACUGUUAUAAAGUGAUGUUUGUUUCUCAGCACCUGAAACAAUGCCGUGUCAUCAGCUUCCCCUUUCAACCGGUAGUAUUAAUACCUAUUUACCGUUCGCAAAGUCAUUUGAUACGAACCUUUGCAUUCUAGAACUUCAUUAUCUUACUGUUUGUCGUGGGUAUUAUAAGGCUUCCGAAAAUUUGGCUUAUUAAAACGGCAAGAACAAAAGAAGGGAAACACGAAAUGAGUGCAUUCUUGACAUUAAAUACCAUAGAUCCUGAAAAGGAACAGUUUGAAACUAGUAUGAUAAUGCAUUGGCCAAUCAGAGUAUAGAAUCAGCAUCAUCAGAAAAUAAUCUAGCCAAUCGGGUAAGAGCAAUUGUCAUAGCUUUCUUACUUGCUUUCAGAUGUGAUAUCGGCAUUAGGGAAGUGCCCCGGUUUACAUGAUAUCAAAAUAAAUUUCGAGCCACUUUUGAUUAAUCAAAAACAUGCUUGAUUUACAACACCAAUCAAUAAUGGAAGGAAAACUAGCAGAGCCGUAGCGUUAAGUGAAAAUAAGAGCACAAGUUCACGAAAAAUGGAGGCGCUAAGUCUCUACAUUGUCUUAAGCUUAAACUUGCUGGUUAAAAUGUCCGAGGCAGAAACAAGUCGCUCGGAGAUAUUCGAGAUAACGCCGUUCCACCUCCUAAAUACAAAGGCAGUGGCAACAACGGCUGUUGCUUCAGACUUGGAGUGUGCUUUACCUUGCUCGAGAAGAGACGACUGCCUAUCGUUCAAUAUUGCUGUCGUUGCGGAAGGCUCCAGUCGACUUUGCCAGUUGCUUAGUACAACGAAUGAGCAAGAGAAAGGGAAAUUCUACCCAUCCAAGGACUUUCACCACUUUACCAAAACGACGGCAUGCAGGGGGGUCCUGUGUCCCGAACGGCAGCGGUGCAUAGUAAACGCUGAAGGGGUUGGGUACCAUUGUGUCUGCCUGGAGGGGCUCACCGGAGAUGACUGUGAAACAGCCAAAUGGAUUAAGGUCACAAGCCAUCCCGUGUCCUUCGGCGCACGUGAUGAUCAACCAGGUGUAUUCCAAAUCCAAGAAACCGGAAAAAUCAUUACCUUUAAACUGGUACAUGUGUCCGGUUUUGUGUCAGUGGACAACAGCAGUGGCCCGAUACGUCGAGGAAAUUGGCAAUCACGCUGCCCGGAUGGUUCAGCUGACGAAAGACUCGCAGUUAUAAUAACAGACAAGAACAAAAAUCUUGUCAUUCCGGAGCUAUCUCAAAUGUCGAUAAAGGACGCGUACUUAUAUAAGGUUCCUGGGUACAAUGGCUCAUCUCCAUAUCUGGUGUACUUAAAUUUAACUACCCCGAGACCCGUGUAUACAGGAGAGGAGUUUCAAGUGUGGCUUAAUCAGGACUUGUUGAACGACAGUGAGUAUAACAAUGAAGGCAUUGAGACGAUUGACGUUUACGCCUGGUACGUGUAAAAGUCGGCCAAUCAAAGAACAGGGGCAGCCUAGGUUAUCAGACUCCCAACAAGCACCUUAAGCAACUGCGACACCGACAACGUGGACGACGGCGGCAGAAAACUUUAUGGAAUUGGAUUGAGAAUUCAAUAGAAGCACGUGAAAAUGUGUUCUGUCAGAUAUUCAUUUGAGAAGACUCAAAGUCAAUUUAGGACGCGGACGUUUUCCCUUUAAACUCUUUUAACUACGUCCCCUACUGUAGAAUGAAUGUCCUUAGAUUAUUUUUCUGUUUCUGACCAUAAUGUCAUACCUUUUCUAUUAAGGUUCCUUGUAACGACGUCCUGAAGUCAAGCAGAACGUGACCAAAAAUAACUUUUUCCUUAGUUCUCAAUUCUGAACUAGUCUUGAUUAAAUAAACUCGUUUUCAUAGUUUCAAAUAAGCAAAGAUACGUUUAAGACCUUUUUUUCGAUUUAGCGAAUAAAAGAUAGUUGAGUUUAAAGUGCGAAUAUUCAUAACCUCCAGGCGCGUAGACAGGGGGUUGCGGGCGCACCCCCCCUUUGGUGGCAAAAAAAUGGAUCAUUUCUUAUUAAGGAAUUUUUAAAAACUAUGCUUUUUCCCUGAUACCUAUGACGGCGCCCCCCUCCUUUUUUGCCAAUCCUGGUCACGCGCCUCCCCUCAAAGGCAGAGAAAACUUUGUUUUCAAAGUCGCAGAAUGUCAGUUUGGUGACAGAGCAAAAAAAAUGGCAUGAAAUUUUCCAAUUCUCAAUAUAUAAGCUCAAGAUUCCACAUACAAGGAGUUUCUCUGACCAAAAGCUUAAUUCCAAAUUUUAAAAAAAUUUAUAAGAUAUGAAAUUUAGAUAUUACCGCGCGCAAAGUUUCCUUAAUUUCUGAUGAGCCCGACUUCUCCCUAAAAACGAGGAGAAUUCAUACUUUGAACAUUUGAAAAUUGCACUUCAAGCCUCAUAUCUCGAAGACGAAUCUAUUAGAAAAAAAACACCUUUUGAUAUGUUGGUUUAGAUAACAUAAGGAACCUCUAUGCAAAAAUUCAAGCUUACCGAAGUUAACCAGACCUCAUUUUGGGAAAACUCGCCAUUUUUUGCUCUUUUCAGUAUGGUAUAUAAGAUAUUAUGUUAUGGUCUACUAAAAAUAAAGGUCAUUGAAUU